GCUCAUACGACUCACAUGCCCGUGAACGCCACUGGGCUCAGUGCGCGCAUCUCUGCUCCAACUUCAAACCGGUCCCGUCAGCUUACUGAAAAGCAGACGGCUUUCACGAUGGAUGCUUCUGUUUAUGAUAUCAUACUGGGAGAGCUCGAAGAGCUGAACUGUAGUUUGAUAGAGCAUUUUCAAGACACUUUUUAUGAAAACGCUUCAUUGGCUCUGCUGAGCGCUGAUGGUUUAUAUUGCAAUGUCACUACUGAUGAGAUUGGAACCUGCUGGCCGCGGAGUAGCACUGGCAGGAUUGUGGAGAGACCGUGCCCUGCUUACAUCAACGGAGUAAAGUACAACACAACGAGAAGUGCUUACAGAGAAUGCCUGGAUAAUGGUACAUGGGCAUUAAAGAUCAAUUAUUCCAACUGUGAGCCCAUUUUGGAGGAGAAGAGAAAAUAUCCCAUGCAUUACAAGAUAGCUCUGAUCAUCAACUACCUUGGCCACUGUAUUUCUGUGGGAGCUCUAAUCGUGGCCUUUAUUCUCUUCUUAUGCUUAAGGAGCAUACGGUGUCUUCGAAACAUUAUCCACUGGAAUUUGAUCACCACCUUCAUAUUGAGGAAUGUUAUGUGGUUCUUGCUUCAGUUGAUUGACCACAAUAUCCAUGACAAAAAUGAGCCUUGGUGUCGAUUAAGUACAACAAUAUACAACUACUUUGUUGUGACCAACUUCUUCUGGAUGUUUGUUGAAGGAUGCUAUCUUCACACUGCUAUUGUUAUGACCUAUUCUACUGAUAAACUGAGAAAGUGGGUUUUUCUUUUCAUUGGUUGGUGCAUUCCAUGUCCAAUAAUUGUGGCUUGGGCUAUCGGGAAAUUGUAUUAUGAAAAUGAAAAAUGCUGGUUUGGUAAAGAGCCUGGGAAAUAUAUGGACUACAUUUAUCAGGGACCAAUUAUUCUUGUGCUUCUGAUAAACUUUGUUUUUCUCUUCAACAUAGUACGAAUUCUCAUGACCAAACUGAGAGCUUCAACCACAUCAGAAACAAUUCAGUACAGAAAAGCUGUGAAAGCUACGCUUGUCUUGUUACCUCUGCUGGGGAUCACCUACAUGCUGUUUUUUGUCAAUCCGGGGGAGGAUGACAUCUCUCAAAUUGUUUUCAUCUAUUUUAACUCCUUUUUACAGGCUUUCCAGGGAUUCUUUGUGUCAGUCUUUUACUGCUUUCUAAAUGGAGAGGUCCGUUCUGCAGUGAGGAAACGGUGGCACCGUUGGCAGGAUAACCAUGCUCUUCGAGUGCGAGUGGCACGAGCCAUGUCCAUCCCUACAUCGCCGACCAGGAUUAGCUUUCACAGCAUCAAACAGACCACAGCUCUGUGAGCGUGGGAAUAAACUUUAUCCCUUCUGACAUGCUCAUCCACAGAACACAGAACAGCCUUCAUGAUUUUGGUCCAGCAUUCUAAAUUAGGCUGAGUACUUCACAGUAAACUGCUUAGUGUUGUGUGUCUAAGUCAACAAGACACUCCUUUUUACUGCUGAGGUUUCAAACGCUCAUACAUUAGUUUGUUAGACGAUGCAUUUUUUUUAAUGGAAAUGUACAGUAUGUAAAGUACAGGAUUUUAAAUUCUUUGAAGAGUGUGUUGCAACAAAGACGAGUCACCAUUCACCAACAAAGUAGGUCUUGCUUUGCUUUUUAUUUCUGUCAAAUAGCUGCUUAGCGGUUAUUUAUGGAAAGACAAGAAUUUAGCAGGAUCUGCAACUCAUACACUUGUAGACAAGACACUCUCGUUAUGCUGAAAGAGUGCAAUCAAUAAAACUUGAAUUGUAAUUGACCACAAUGCAGCAACUAUUCUGCCAAAACAACCAUUUGUCUUGAACAUGAUCAGAAACUAAGAAAACCUAACUUAAAAAACAAACUGAAAACAGUUAUUUUGGAUGGAGAUGGUAAAAGGGAAAAGUUUUGUCUUAUUCUGUUCUGCUUUACAUGCCAUCGGGGCAUUUGUUCACACAAUUUUACUUUCACCUCUCCUCUGGCUAUUUGUUCCCACCACUCUUUUUUUCUCCUGUGUGCAAAAACAAACAAGAGGGUACAGACAGAAAGAAGAGUCUACUUCAGAACAUGUUUGAUGCCACUGGUUCCCCAAUUCCAAGUUAAAUCUCGAGUCCAGACAAGCAAAUCUAAGAUUAAAGUUAUUAUUUCAAGAAGUGAAAGUGAUUCUUAGCCAUUUAUGCAAUAUUUGCAUAUAGAGCACAAAAUGUUGUGCACGGAUUCAUCAUGCAUGUGAAGUGAAAGCAGAUUAAAUUCUUUUUGGCUUUAUGAAAUCCUCGUGGCUUUCUCAUAAUCAGUGUCACAACUAAGCUUUUGCUGCUGAAGAAGGGAAGCCUGAUGGAGAGGGAACCAGUCACAUCCCUAAAGACGUGCUUCGGUCAGGUCAGCGUAUUCUCUCAAUGUAAUGCCAGCUUUUAUGUCUCAUAAGGCUUAUCCCACAAAGUCAUGGAAACAGCCAUGUGUCUGCUUUGGUAUUUGCCCAAAAAACUUUUUUGCUGAGGGAUUAAAAAAGGAUGAGAAUUAUUGGUUUUUGGGAGAGAUUACAAAAAUAAAAAGCAUGUAUUUUAUUGAUGAUCUAAAAUGCUGUUGAUGUUUAAGCCUGAGUCAUCAGAUCAUCUGCAUAAUUCCCUAGAGUUGUUGAAAAUGUAGAAAAUAGAUUUUCAAAAAUGAGUGAAUUAAUUUUUGAAUUUCUGUUAAUACUCCAAGUAAACUCUUACCAGUUUUCUGUCAUUUUGAUGCUGCACCUUGCGUCAGUUAAAUAACAACAUUUAUACAUGUGGAUCUCAGUAUUUUAGAAUAUAAGCUGAAGUUAUUUACAAUACAAAUUAAGUACAGACAUUUUUUAUUUAAAGUAUUUAUUUUUUGUUUGUUUUGCAAUUGGAGUAGCCACCACACUUUUUCUUUCCAAUAAACUUCCAUUAAAAUACUUGAUGGAAGUAUUUUAAUACUUCCAUCAAGGCUCUUCACUUUGUGAAGAGCCUGGCUAUUUAGCAAAGAUCUUUUUUGACUUCCCUGAAGAUAUUAGUGACCUAUUACAGGACAACUGUCAUGUCAAAAUGUCAUGUCAGUCCUGAUAAUAACUGUGAAGGCUAUAAGAUGAAUUUAUAUGAUCUAUAAAAUUAUACUAUAAGAUAACAUGCUCUCAAAUUAUUUUUAAUUAGUAGUAUCUAAUAAGUGUUUUGGAGAAACUGGGCUUUCAUUACCUGUAAGGGAUAAUCAGUAAAAAUUAACACUUGAAGUACAUCUAAGUGUGAUCAAGGAUACCUUUUUGGAAUAAAUUGGUGGAAUAAAAUAACUUUUUGAUAAUGUUCCAAUUUAUUGAGAGACACCAUACUUUCUGGAGUAUACAUUGUAAGGUUUGGUAAAAGUUUGACCAAAAACUCUUUUUCAAAAACUGUUUAAAUGGCUUGUAUAAAACAUAAAAUAUGUAACCAUCUGUUUAUGUAAAACUGUGCUUUUCAUUGUUCGCUUUGUAAACUUGUGUUAAACGAAAGCAAAUUUGUUAUUGCUGUUCUGUUCUACUACACUGAUAGUAGUUAGUGUAGAAACUAUCUACCCCAGUCUGAUUUGUUGUAAAUAUUAUAUCUGCUUCACUUCAGAGUCACGACAUGUGAAGUUGUACUACAGCGCAUCUUUCCAGGAUCCCUACAGGGUAGAGAAAGUUAAAAGGACUACACGAUGCUACUGUUGUAAAAAUGUGAAAAAAUCUUAUAAAAAACAUUUAUUUAAACUCACCAAAGAGACAACAUUUGUUUACUAACUUACAGUUUUUAUUCUCUACAUAUUUAUAUUGUUGUCAGUGGACUAUAGUUAAUGAAUCUGUUUUUAACAUGAUUUUUUUUUUACAUCAAUUUUUGAACGUAAAGUGUAAUCAACAAACUCAGAUGUCAGAUCUGUAGAUUUUAAGGAAGCUACACAUACUGCCUUACAAAACAACAAGAAAUGUAUUUUUGUGAACAGGAAGUUGUCUCUAUUGGUUAAAAUAAAAUAUUCUGUGUUA